AAAUAUCGAUAUCAAAUACUUGGUGUCAAAAGAGUUUACUUUAUUAUCCCUUUAUCUCUACCCUACUCUUUGCUGUCAAAUACAGCGCAAUGCUGAAGGGUGUAAAAAAUGUUUCUUCUUUCGGGAAAAUAAAAUUCCCUGAGAGAUUUAAAGGUACUAUAGUAGAAAAAUGGGCUAAUUACUGGAAAAACUUAUUGAUCGAUUAUCGUCAAAUGCUACAAGACUUAAGGACUGAUAUUCAAGAUGAACCUGUCAAAGCUAUCAAAUGGACUGUUGGUUUGGUUUCAAUAAUCACAUUGGCGUGUAAUAACCCAAAUGAAAUCGAUUUUAAAGAUAAUUUAAAGAGGAUAGACAACGAAGUACUUUUAGUCAGUGAACAAUGUCGAAACCGAAAAGCUAUAGAACACUUAAAUUUCUUAGAUUCAUGUUAUAAUGAAGAAGUGAUACACUACAGAAAUAUGGGCAUUGCUUCGAUAAUGUAUGUUUCAGCCUUAAACGAUAGAUGCGAUUUGUAUAAAGCCCAGUGCCCAUAUUUGAGGCCUUCAUUUCUCAGUUUUCCAUCAAGAAUAGUUGAUAUAGGCAUUAUGGGAAGAUGGUGGAAUAUCUAUAUAAAGACUAACAACUAUGAUAUUAACUUCUAGUUAAUACAUAGUGGAAAGUCGUGAUAUUUGUUCUUUAGAUAAAAUUUUAACAAAAAUUAUUUAAUUUGAAAUAAAAUUAAGCUAUCAAGUAUAUUUUUUUACUCAUUUCCUAGUAGUACCUACUACAACCUUGAGGCUGACUUUCUGCUUUUUUUUUUUAGGAUUUUCUUUGAUUGUGUUGAAAUUCAUACAGUAAAUAGUUUAUAUUUUUUUGGUUUGGAUUGAAUAUAACUCUUAGAAGAAAAGAAGUUAAUUUUACUGGUAGUCUGCCGUGUAUAAGUGACUGUAG